UAGAAGUAUUUAAUCAAUUCGAGGCGAAGCUGGAUUUAACCACAGGACCAACGAAAAUUAAGAAGAAGCCAUGGGAAGUGCGGAGAAACCGCGAAGUUCUGCGUGGAUCCAGGGUGGAUCUUCACUAGAAUGUAGGUCUGUAUCUGUGCAGUGUCAAUUCCAAGUCUCGGUCUGAUCGUGAACAUUACUUCUGUAACUACUUCUCUCUUGAUCCUGUGUCUCUGUCCUCUGUCCCAUCACCUUAUCUGAGCCAACUUUGCUCAGCUCAGUCUCGAUUUUCUUCGUCUACCUACCUAAAUGAGUGCCUCAAGUCUACCGAAAGCAGUUUUACUGUCUCCAGCCUCUACACAUCUUCACGCUGCUUAUUCUACUGCUGUAAAUCGCAUUAAAUUCGAGGAGCACAUUGAGCGCAGCAUUUCUUUGCUGGAACAAGAUGAGCAUCAAAAACGAUUGAACAAACUACGUAAGGAAUUGGAUUACAUCCAAAACACAUCUUGGAAGUAUCCAUCUGUAGAUAAUUUCAUUGGCCAUUAAGGAUUAUUGCAAAGACAAUCAUCAAAUCAGCUAUCAAUUUGAUUUUCCAAAGGUUUAGCAGGUAUUAAGUGUCUAAGAAAGAGCAAAUCGAGUGUGAAAAUGUUUGAUUUAAGCUUUCUCAACCCGAAGACCCUCUUUGGGUUUUCAAAAAAGGAGGAAACCGAAGAUGAUGUGUGCCAGGAAGAAACCAGUGGAUAUCUGGAUGAAAUGCAAGCAGAGUCAGAAGAAGAAGAAGAUGGACAGAUGAAUGAUUUUAAGCCAUCUUCAAGUGUGGAUGAAAUAAUAUGUAAAGAGUGUAUUGGAGUUGUCACAGGCAUCCAUGAUGGUGUGUUGAUAAUCGAUGGAAAGCAUACUGUUGUGAGGUCGGGACUAGACAUUGAACUCAAGCUGGAUUCGAGGGUAUCGUACAAAGUAGUGACAGAAGAUGGUGUAGAAAGGAUUUGUAACAUUCGUCUUUAUGAAGGAGAUGGUUGGUCAACCGCAGAGGAUGAAAUCGAAGUUGAAACUCCAGCUGUAGAAACUAAAGGAAUCAAACGCGAAAUAAUCUGUGAGGUAGAGAAAAAAAAUGGAGGAAUAUUGGAUUUAGUUACUGAAAAUUAUGAACGCUGUAAAGUAAAUAUGGAUGAAGUAUCUAUCAAGUUCAUUCCAACUAAAGGUGACUUGCUGCUCUGUGAAAUAAUAUCAGAACUAGACGAAAGAAGUCCGAACUUGUUUGGUGAUACAGUUUGUUUCAAGAACAUCAAACCUUUGCGUUCCAAAUUAGUUCUUGGAGAGGUCACUCUCUGGAGAGAUGAAUUAGCAAUAGGCAUAAUCAACAAUGAAAUCUCUUUUUCUGCAGAAUCAUGCUCUGCUGGCUAUAAACCGCAUGUCAAAGACAAGGUUAAUAUUCAAUGUAUUGAGAGUAAACAAGGAGCUCUGAUAUGGAGAGCAAUCCAUGUUCAUCCAGAGUCCUUCAACGAUGAUAGAAGACAAGAGCCUAGAUUUACUCAUAACAAUAAGGGUCCAUUGUAUGCUCCAAAAAACGGGGUGUCUGUUUCACUUCUCACCAAAAAUCUUUCUGUUAACCUGGGUGCCACUCUUGACUUAGAGGUGGAAGUUCGAAAUUCUGGCUCUGAACCUCACGAACUCAAAAUCUGCAAAAUGAGGACUCAGGCAGGCAAAAGUCAAAUUUCAAUCAGGAACAGUUCCAGGUUACCUUUUAAUCUAAAUCCCGAAGAGAAGUUCAUCUUCAAACUGGCUGCAAAGGCUUGUAACAUUGGAAAAACCAAGGAAACUCUUGUUCUCACCUUCAACUCUUCACCUGAGUUUUACGUAGGAUGCGAUAUUGAACUGAUGGUCGGAAGUGACCAAAUUACACAGCUCACAACCAGUGCAGACACCAGGACGCAUGAAAGAGUUGAAAACAAAUAUGACAGAUUUAAUAGCUUGAGUGUCGUGCCAACAAGAAACGGUCUCAUUUGUCCAGGAAUAAGGCCCAUAAAAGCACCUGCAUUUAUUCCUGUUCAGGCAACGUCCAAUUUUAACAUUCCAGAGGAAUUUUACAAAGCUGUACUUGACCCUCAUGACAGACAGAGGAAAACAAUGGAGGCAUAUGAGGAACUGGCUAAAAUCGCCCCAGCUGUGGUAAACCCAUUGGAACCGAGUAACUAUGAAGCCAAAUUUCAUGCGCUUCUACAUUUAGAGGAACUCAGUGUUAUACUGAAAAUGCGAAGGUUUUAUCAAGAGAGAGCGAUCUUUCGACCUCAAGGCGAGUAUUAUGCUCUCGAAGUUCCAAACCUUACUGAAUCAAGGCCAUCUCUCAUCAUUGGAGAUGAAGUGCGUGCCAAUCUGGCUGGUGAUAGUAGACAGUUUCAAGGAUACAUUCACAAAACCCUUGUGAAUGAAGUAUUGCUUAAAUUUAAUCCCGCGUUUGAUGAAGUCGCCAGAAGCAACACUUUCCGAGUCAGCUUCGUACAGAGCAGAAGUGUUUACAAGAAAUGUCAUCAAGCCAUAGACUGUUUUUGCAGUAAAGAUCAUCUUGGAGUUGACUGGCUGUUUCCGAAUUCCAUUGGAGAAGCAAAACCCCCUCAAGUUAUCUUUCUUGAAGAAGACGUCCAGCUCCAAGAUGAAGAAAACAAUUAUGAGGCACAAGGUCCUUCCAGUUGUGAAACAAGUGCCAGCCGAAUUGAUAAAUUAAGCAGUUUAUUAGAUGAAGAUCAGAUCUUGGAGGCAAAUGCAAGGCGCAGUCCACCAAGUAGUGCAAGUAGUUCAUCACCUGUCAGUUGUACUAAUGGUGUCACUUCAGGAAUAGAAGAAUCUGAAGCUCCUGCCGAAAACUCUUCCGAAUCCAAAAAUACCAUUUCAACCAAGCAAUCUUCCCUGGACGCUGCGUACCAACACCUCGAUCAUUCAUCGAAGUUGGGAAGAGAGGCGGAGAAAAUCAAGUGGGCCUCCUCAGGGCGAGGCUAUGGUCAAAAAAGAACAAAGCCUCUUGUUGUUAGACCUUGUCAAGUUGCGAAGAAAGACAGAAUUAAAUGGUACAAUAAAUCUUUGAACAUGCGUCAAAAAGAAGCUGUAAAGAAUAUUCUGAAAGGUGAGGCUCGGCCUUUGCCUUACAUCAUUCACGGUCCUCCCGGUACUGGCAAAACCGUAACAAUGGUUGAGACUAUUCUUCAGAUUUUAAGCUUGCUCCCAGACAGUAGGCUGUUGGUGGCAACUCCAUCCAACUCUGCGGCUGAUCUCAUCACUGAGCGGAUAUUGGAGCGGUUGAAUUUAUAUCCAGGGCAAUUGGUUCGCCUUGUUUCAUAUACAUACUGGAAUGAUGGCCGUGUUCCUCCCUUCCUCAGACCAUACGCCGCUAUCGCUGAUAUAAAAGAAGAUCCAGAUAAAAGUGAAACUCCUGGUCCAAACAGUAUUAAAGUUUGCAGCCGAGAAGUCCUCGGACGACAUAAAAUUACAAUUAGCACAUGCACGUCCAUUGGUAUUAUGUACACCUUAGGUUUCCCUGUUGGACACUUCACCCAUGUUUUUGUCGACGAAGCAGGGCAGACCACAGAACCUGAAAUCUUAAUUCCCUUGGCUUUCCUACACAAAGACAAUGGUCAAGCAAUCCUGGCUGGUGAUCCAAUGCAAUUAGGUCCUGUCAUUGUGUCUGAGUUAGCCAAACCACAAUUAGAUAAGUCACUGCUAUAUCGUCUCAUCUCACGGUUCCCGUACCUCAGGGAUAUCGAAAGGUUUCCAACAACAGGCGGCCAUGAUCCUCGAUUGGUCACUAAACUUCUUGAUAACUACAGGGCUGUCCCAGAGUUACUGGAAUUCACAAGUGGAAGGUUUUACGAUGGCGAACUUAUUGCUCAUGUAUCCACCAAAAACUCCAGGGAGGAAGAAGUAUUGAGGAGGAUGGCCAGUUGUUUACCCAUCUCAAUCCGAGAUCCAGAGUUGGCUUGUCCAUUUAUUUUUCAAGGAAUUCGCGGUGAAAACCUUCAGGAAAGAGACUCCCCCUCAUGGUAUAAUCCGCAGGAGCUCAUGCAGGUGGUGAUCCAUCUUAAAAACAUCUAUGCAGUAGGCUAUGAUGAAGAUUCUGUUGGGAUCAUCACUCCCUAUCAAAAACAGGCGUCCAAGAUCCGAGGCAUGAUCAAUGAAAUGAGACUUCCCGUACCCAAAAUAGGUUCAGUAGAAGAAUUUCAAGGACAAGAAAGGCCUAUCAUAAUUGUCUCUGUGGUCAGAAGCCGGGAGGAUCUAAGGGACAUCGACAUUCAACACGCGCUUGGAUUUUUGAAGAACCCAUUCAGAGUGAAUGUUGCCACUUCUAGAGCAAGGGCGCUCAUGAUCGUAAUCGGAAAUCCUCACCUUCUGGGACACGACUGCUACUGGAGGAAUAUCAUUGAGUAUGCAGCCGAGAUUGGGGGUUAUACCGGCUGCGACUAUCCUGAUUUCUUAUCAUUUCCCAGGGGCAAUAUUGCACAGGAUGCUGAAAAUUAAACUUAUAACUACCAGCAUUCACAACCAUACAGAACUGGAGUAUGAUUUUCGAACUUAUCCCUUGUCUUGGAAAAUUUUGGCAAGCAAAGAAUAAGUUACAGAAGUUUUUUAUUUGGUAUUAUUUAAAACUUCAAAGCUCUACUCAAAUACACCCUUAAUCAUUCUUCGAAGACUGACUAACAAUAAGGAUAUAGAAUUCUUUUUCCCCUGCUAAGAACUGUUUUAAUUGACAGACGAUGGACCCAAUCUCUCCUCCAAGGGACAAGUAGGCCUUGGUAGCUGUGAGCUCCUUAAAGUUUUAAAAUUUCUAUCGUAACCGGGUACGGUGAAGGCUUAAAUUCUAACAGCAUUUACACUGAUACUUUCCUUAUGGGAGUUCAAGAAUGUGAUUGAUUAUUUCACGCACGGGUUGUCAAGAGUUUAAUUUUUAACCAAGGUGAAUGAAGACAUCAGUGGUUGCCUCAACAUUCGUGACUCCAUGGAGGUACAUACAAAGAAGAAAAAGUAAACAGAAUUUAUGCAUUCAGUGCCAUCGAGAAGUUUGCUAUGAUUACACUCCUUGCUCUUGCAGCACUAUGUCCAAUCUUCUAUUCCUGAAUUAAAUUACUGGAAAAGCGAAAAACAAUGAAACACGAUUAACCGAAAAAUCAAGAACCAAUUGGUUUUAGCCCAAAGUAGGCUUGGUUAGUGCAGAUGUUUCUGUUAUAUGUGUUUUGUGUCGUUCUGAUAGCCAUAAGGUUGUGAAUAGGAUGUAAAGUUUAAGUUCUUUAAUUUCUACUAUGCUGUAAUUAGUUCGCAUAGAUUGCAUUGCCUUUUUAGGACUAUUAGUUGCUCUUGAUAUUUUUUUGUCUUGUUACCUCUGGAUUUGUAAUCUACUGUGUGAUGUAAAUAUGCAUGUUACUUUCAUCCGAUCGGUGAUUUGCAACACAUCAAUGGUAUGUUUAAUUUACAAUCCUCACUUGGUAAAUUUGGAAUCUUUUGGAUAAGUUUCCCCUUAGUUUAGUUAGUAAGGACAACCAAAGUUAAGUGCUUAUAACAAUUCGUUUUAUACUUUCUGAAUCUACAAACAUUGAUCUUUUUGAUUGUUUCCCGAAAAUCGCUAAAAGUAUUUAUACCACAGCACUCGUAUCUGGAUCUCCGCUUACAUCCAUACAGGCGCUAAGAUGAAGAAAUGUUCCAAAAUGGAGCUCCUUUGACCAAAUCUGCUCUUUGUCAUCAAAAAUUUGUUUCAAGUUUUUCAGUUUUCAAAAAAAAAUUCAAAUAAAUUAUGUCUCCGUUCUAAAAAUAUCAAGAGUCCAACACAGGAACCACGUAAUCUGGUUAGCGAAUCUGUUAUGCUUUAUUUUUAAUUGGAAAACUGGAAAUUUGAGAAACAUUUUUCUGUGGAAAUAUUCACGGUUUUUCUGCCAGUCCUGAAGGAUUUUCAGUGAAAAUUUUACAUGACGUUGGCUUAUUUUUCUAUAAAAGUUCCCUUGCCCUUGAGCACGUUCCUCUUUCUGAAGAAAAUGAAGAAAAGAAAAGAAAAUACAAGAAGGGCGGGCAUUUUGUUUGACCGUUCCUAAGAUAUGUGUCUUUUGAGUUUUAUCUGCGAAACCAUUCUUAAACUUCAGUAAGAUCAUACUGUAGAAGUAAGUUAAGUAGAUUUGCAAUUUCUUUUCUCUUUGACACAAUUUACCUCUGCUGGUGCUCGUUCAUUUCUACUCCAUUUGUUGCAAGUCUGUUAACUUCAGUUUUUAAUGUUAAGUUGUUAGGUUUUAUGUUUUGAUACCAUCAUCUUCUUCUUCUUGUAAUAAUGAGGGGGGGGGAGGGGGUUGCAUUUCUUUCUGUACAGUUUGAACUGUUCUCAAAUCUCUUAUUUCAAACAUUAUGUUAUCUCACAAAGUUUUACAGCUCAACAUAUGUUCAUAAGAUUGAACCACACUGAUGGAUCAUAUACUGUAGGUGUUCGCAUAACCCAUGAGUACAAGUAUGUUCCACAUUUAACUGGGAAAAAGAAAGAACACAGAAAAGAACUUAACACAUUUUUGUAAUAUAAACUGAUAAAAGUAAAAAAUAGAACAAAUGUAGAUUCAUUAUAACAAUUUAUUUUGAAAAAUACUUAAAAUAGUAAGGAUAUUUUAGGAAGCUAAUAUCGAAACAUUAAAUGAAUUGCUUUCUUAUUCUUUUCAAUUGCUAUGGAAUUUCAGAGAAUGCUUCCAUUUUGACAAAUGUAAUCAAUUCUUCAGGUUUCUGUAUUGGAAUUUCUUCAUGAGAAUUUUUUUCUCACUUGGUAUUUACACAAUAAAAGAAAGCAAAUGGUGAUUUCCAUUUGAGUGCUUGAUUCG